GCCCAUACUGCAUCCGAAUCUACUGCCCAAAACAAAAUAUUUGUCUAUGAACCUCAUCUUGUUUCUCAUCUAGCCGAAGCUAUCAAUCCUGAAAAAUCUGUUUGUUAUGAUGUUCAAACAUAUGCAUUAUAUGCGUUAGAUGCCAUAGCAAGACACCGCAACAAAUUGAAUGAAAUUCUUCAUGCUUUCAAUGCUUCAGCGAAUCAUGGUACUUUGUUAUAUAUUUUACGACAUCUUAACAAUCAUACUGAACCUGAUGGUCUUCCCAAUGAGUUUUUGGAAUCAUUAUUCACACUUCUAGCUUACCUAUUACAAACACAACCUGGUGGCCAAAUGCUUAUGACUGCUGGUGUCAUCCCUACAUUAUUGAAUAUUGUUGACAAUCAGGAAUCGAUUCAUUUGAAGAACGUCACCAAAGUCGUCGGAUUAUUGGAUACGAUUGUGAACAAUAUAUCAACAUCAUUUUCCGCAUUCUGUAAUGCAAAUGGUUUAGAUAUCUUAUUGGCUCGCAUUAAGUCUGAAGUAACUCAAGGAAUCGAGAAUGCGACUUCUAUGGAAACUACCGAGACAAAAUUGGCUGAUCAAGAUCUGGCUACUGGUGCUUUGGCUCCUUAUGAUCGUGUAUCCCUUGUCAAGGCAAUGUUUAAAUUCUUGAUAAAAAUGAUGGAAUCUACUGGAACGGCGGAUGGUUUACGAAAUUUGAUUGAUUCUUCGGCUCCUUCGUCAUUAAUUCAAGUCAUUGAAAAUCCCAAGGUUUUUGGCAAUAGUGUAUUUGCAUUAGCUACCAAUGUUACAUCCACUUUUAUUCACAACGAACCAACCUCUUUGGCUAUUCUUCAAGAACAAAAAUUACCACAAUGUUUCCUUCAAACUAUUUCUCGUUAUGAAAAUCCAAAUGGUGAAGUUUUGGUUGCUGCCGUUCAUGCUUUUGGUGCUUUAUGUCUUAAUGGUCCAGGUCUAGAAAUGUUUAACGAUAUCAAACCGUUACCUCACUUUUUUGAUUUGAUGACUUCCCACGAUAUUUUACGGAAUCCUGCCGAACUGGAAGGUGCUACUGUAUUGGGUAACACAAUGGAUGAAUUGAUUCGACAUCAUCCCUCAUUGCGACAAGAUGUAUUUCAAUGUGUUACACAAAUGAUCAAAAAGGUAUUGGAUAUGGGGCAACAAGAAGAAGGGAAACCAAGUGAUAAUGGUCAUUUAUUACGACUUGUGAAAUCUAAUGACAACACUGAUGUGGAAAUGACAACUGCUGAUAGCGAUAACAUUACUAACAACAAACCUGAUGAAAAAGUGGAAUGUUUACUGGUCUCUUUUAUCGAUUUGGUGUCAAGAUUCCUCGAAGGUUUAUUCCAAAAUCAAUCCAAUAUCCGAGAAUUUGUGAAAGAUCGAUGCCCUGAAAUGCUUUUGGAUUACUUUACUCUACCAAUGUUACCAGCUGAUUUCUCUGUGUCAAUUGCCUCUGAUUCUCUUUCUUAUCUCUUCCGAAUGAUUGCUGAUGUUAGUCCAAUUCCUACUGUUAUGGCCAUUGUGGAAAAAGUGAAAACUUCUGCUAAAUUUAUUUUGGAUGACUACACACCAGGAAAUAAAAGUCUUAUUCGUGACUAUAUUGAUGUACAAGAUAAUGAUACUGAAAAGAUCAAACGUGGCAAUCAACUCCUACGUCAAUUCAUUGUAUUAUAUGGUUAUAUUGGGCUCUUGGCAAAUACUUGUUGUUCUUCUAUUCUUACUCAUGGCAAAAAUGGGAUCGCGCUUGUUAAUGAAUUUAUUUCUCAAACUGGUGAUGACAGCAUUAUCUUACUCUUGGGUCAACUGCAUAGAACGAUGGUUUGGGAAAACAUUUUACUAAGGGAAUCUGUACCUAAAUCUUGGUAUAACUUCAAAUCUGCGAAAAAGUCCAGCAACAUACGAAUCGAUAAUCCAUUAGGUAUAUCAGAUGCGACCACAACCACAAUUACAUCUGAUACUCAACCAUCAUCAGCAACUACUGAAAUGGAUACAAACGAGGAAAAAGAACCUGAUGCCAAAGAUCCACGUGUCAUCAACACAAAGCACUUCAAGAUGUUUCUUGGCGAAAUACCACAAGCUCUGACACCCAUCUUCCAAGGUCUCAACAAGGUAUCUGUAGGUCGUCGAAGUUUGGAUAGUGGUCAAAUUGGUCAAUCUUUCAAGUUGGCAGAACAAAUGACUCAAGUUUUGAAAGACAACAUUUCUUGGUCUUGUAUUUAUGUGGAUGAUGUUCCUCCUUGUAAAUAUGACUACUUGGCCUCCAUGUUUUCCUUGGUAUCUAUGCUUUUAUUGGAUGAUCGUGCUACACCGUGUUUACAUGUACCUAUGGCUGUGACUUUUGAUCGUAAUGGUGGUACAACUCUUAUGGUGGAUACAUUGGAUAAAUUAUGGCAAGCUGCUGAAUCUAUUGAAUCCAUUCCUAUUGCUGAUCGGUCUACCUCUGAUCAAGAAACCUUGUUGCCUCGUAUCGACGCUAGUAUUGAACUUCUUCUUGCUGUUUUACUCAACAUCAGCUCCGAAAAACUCUUGAUGGAGUCUCCUUAUACUUUCCAUAUCUCAAAAGCAAAAGAUCGCUCUGUACCUGAGUACUUUGACCCUCGUGAAUGGAAUGUAUCUGUCUCUCUUCGUGUGGCUGCUAUCCGAAAACAUCUUCAAAGUAAGCUCUUUUACAAGUUCCCCAAGUAUGUAUUACGGAUGUAUAUCAAGGUUCUAGCUCAAUUGAUGUCUACGGAUUUGGACAAGCCGAAACAAAGCAGCAGUGGAUUUACCGGAAAUCUAUCUGAUGGUAGUGGGUUUACCGCUGGUGUAGCUCCUUCUCCUUUCAACAGUGUUCGUCCUCCUCCUCCUCCACCUGUGGUACCCAAUGAAGCAGGUGUUCAAACAUUGGUCGAUAUGGGGUUCAAUCGUCCUGGUGCUGAACAAGCUAUGGUGAGAUGCAACAAUCAGAUAUCGCGUGCAGUGGAUUAUCUCUUCAGUCAUCCUACAGCAAUGUUAGCCAGUGCUGGUAGUGGAUCUUCUAGAAAUCGAAACACUACUACUACAACUACUUCAACGACAGGCAGUUCAUCUUCUCCCGCACCAGCAAGCGAUAAUCAAAAUAAUCAAGAUUCUACCAAUUCAGUUACUACCACAUCUCAUGAUCAAGGUGAACAAAGUCAAGAAACGACAGAAUUUCAAGAUCAUCAAAACAAUCAUGAUGAUAAUGACGAGGACGACGAUGACCACGACAUUGAUGAAGAUGAACAUAUGGAUGAAGAUGAAUUUAAUUCAGAAGAUCUCAAGUCUCUCAAAGAAUUACGCAAUACUCUACGAAAGGAACUACCAGAAAUCUUGUUGCAACUUGUGGAUGAACGUGAUGAUAUGAUCUUUGAUGCCCAUGACCUUCUGGUGGUUGUAUGUAAGGAUGGCGACAAGGAAUUCACUUUGGCGAAAUCAGUCAUAUCUUCAUUAGUGGAUAGAAUUCAAGCUUCUUUGGAUACAAGCGAAAUUCCUUAUACAAAGGUUUGCAGUCAGCUACGAUUAAUGGCCUUACUACUCAAAGAUUCUCCCUUCCAUGCUGCCAUACCUGAUAUUGCUUCACGUUUGACUUGUCUCUUUGAUAUUUUGGAAAAAUGCAAGGAUGAUUUAUCUGAUCCAUCGACUCCUACUCCCACUUGGUUGGCAUCUGCUCUCUUGGUAUUAGAAAUGUUUAUCUGUCAAUCUGAUGAACCCAAAGAAGUCAAGCUCACUAGUGAAGAAAAGUCAAGCAACAAAGGUAAAGGUGUUGAUACCGGAAAUGAUGAUGCUACUGCUUCUACUACUGCUGUGGACGACAAUGAUAAUUCAACCGUUGGAAUUGUUGAUAGUGACAAGGAUGCUAUUACUGACCUGCAACGACAACAACUUCUCCUUUGUUGCAUCACUCUACUCAGAAAAACCAAGCUUACCAGGGAUGAUCUUUUUGCUAUCCUUCGCAUCAUUGUUCGCUUAACCAAAAAUAACGAUGAUGCCUUGCGGUUGGUGGAACAUGGUGGAUUGGAACUUUUAUUUGCCAAGCCAAGAUCAAGUUUAGAAGGUUUUCAAGGUCAGCAAGCAUUUAUCAUUCUCAUUUUACGUCAUAUUAUCGAAGACAAGUUUGUUUUGGAAGAACAAAUUGAUGAUAUCAUAACUACCUGGGGAACAGUACCAAGACCAAAGAAUUUAGAUAUCACCACUUAUUUCCGCAACAAUGCUGCCAUCGCACUUCGAGAUCCUGCUGUCUUUUUACAAGUUUCUGAAAAGAUCUGUCGACUAACCCGGUACAACGAAUAUGAAAACAAUCGUCAAAUCAAAAUUAUUGGAAAAGAGGAUGACAUACCUACAACUUCUACUUCAACCUCUACUCAUCAUUCACCUUCAAAAAUUGGCAAAAACUCUUCAAUCGUUGUCAACCAUCUAUUGAAUGAAUUGGUAUCGAUUCGUUCAUCUGACAAAGAAAACAGUGACUUGAAAUAUGCAUAUACUGGUUUCCUUUUACAAUGCUUGGUUGAAUUGGUAUCUUCUUACCCAUCCUGCAAAUACGAUAUCUACAACUUUAGUCGACAACGUGCCAACAAGAAUGGAAACAAUAAUAAUUCUCGCAGUCGUCAUCAUGUACUCAAUUUAUUGGUCAACGAUCUACUACCUUAUAAUGCCAUCAAACCAACUGAUGAUGAAGCUCGCAAGGGACAAGGAUUAUCAAUGUGGACUUCCUGUGUGCUCGUGGCAAUGUGUUACAAUACUCUUUCCAAGAACGAAAUCACUCAUUCCAACAAACACGAUUUGACCCAUGUGCGGAGAUAUGUAUUAGAAGGUGUGGUACGUGCAUUCCAAACCUUGGUUCAAUCUACAGAACAAUUAUCAGUCAAGUAUAAUAGGUAUCUCAGUCUUGCCGAUCUCUGUCACCGUAUCCUGAAUGCUCGUCCCAAUCCUGGAAGUCAUGUUCAUCAACAACAACAAAAGGAAGACACUUCAAUGCAACUAGCCAAGAUUAUGUUAGACAAGGGAUUUGUUGGUGUGAUGACUAGUGCUAUUAGCGAUGUGGAUGUCAACUAUCCUCAUGCAAAAACUGUACUUAGUGCUAUGAUCCGACCUUUGGAACAAUUGACCAAAUUGGCUGUGACUAUUGAAAGAAAAGCGGCGGAACAACGAGCUGCUGCUGCUGAAUUGGAAGGCUCUUCAUCAUCAACCAACAACAAAGGUAAAGCAUCAACAUCAACUGCUACUACAGAUCGACAAGGAGCUCCUGAUUUGUAUCGAAAUUCCUCUUUGGGUAUGUUUGAUGGAAGUGUGAUGGAAGAAGACGAAGAUGAUUUUGGUUCCUCUGAAGAUGAAGAAGAUGAAUUUGACGAAGAAACUGGAAGUGAUCUCUCUGACAUGAGUGAAGAAGAACUUGAAGAUGAUGACGUUGAUCAAGAAAUGGACGAUGGUAGCGACAACGAUGAUAAUUCGGAUGAAAGUGACCAUAACGAUGAAUCCUCUGAUCAUUCUGGUGGUAGUGAAGACGAUGAAGAUGGAAGAGAAAUGACUUGGCAUCUUGAAGAUAUUGAUGACGAUGGCGAAGUUCUUGUGGGUGCUGAAAUAUCUAUUGAAUCUGAUGAUGAACAACAAGGAAGACAUCAUCAUCAACGCCGUCGAUUCGAAGACACUCAAGAUGUGGAUUUGGAUACCCUUGACCAAUCUGACUUUGAUGAAGAAGAAGGCUCGGAAGGCUAUCUUGAUGAUGAACCUGAUACUGAUUUGAACGAUGGACUUUUGAUUGAUGAAGAUGACCUUGGUGAUCCUUUCUUGGUGGAUGAUGGACCACAAAACAUUCAAUAUUCGUUCGAUGUUAGUGAUGAAGGUUGGCAAGAACGUCCUAGAACUUAUGGUGGACUUGGUUUACGUCGUCCUGUACCUAUUGUAGAAUUUGGUGGUCAUUCAUCGUCUUUGGGUCGCACAUUCCGUGGUAUUGGCGGUGAAUCUACUUCUGAAGAUAUCACAACUCAUCCUCUACUUGCUGAUAAUCAAGGCUCUGAAUCUACUGAUGUUACUGGUACAAGUCGCUCUUUUGAUGGUACUUCUCGUCGACAUCGUGGCACUGGUAGUGGAUCCACUGGACUUGGUAAUUUGCAAGCAUUUGAAGACAUUAUUGGUGGAAGUGCUCUACGAGUACUAGAAAAUAUUAUAUCUCAAGCAUCAAACAGUGGAAAUGCUGGUGAUUCUUUCCGAAUGGAAAUGCCUGGUCAUGGUCUUAUGCGUGCUCUGGAAAUGACUCGUACUACUGGUGGUGGCCCUGGUGGUCAUGGUUCUUCUUCUUUUAUGAUUUCCAAUUUGGCUGCUGAUCAAUCACGACAAAUCUUGGCCUUGUUACAUGAAUUCCAACCAAUGUCAACUUCUGAAAGGUGGAACCAAGAAGCACGUAUGAUGUAUGGUAACACUAUGGCUGAUCAAGCAACCAAGCUUACCAAUGCUCUCCUCAACUCAUUGAUUCCUAUUGCUUUGGAAGAAAACAAGAAACCUGAACGAAAGAAGGCUGAAGAAGAAAAACGACAACGUGAAGAGAAAGAGGCUGCAGAUCGAAAAGCUGAAGAAGAACGUUUGGCGGCUGAACAACUUCAACAACAACAACAACAACAACAACAAACAGAGUCUAUGGAAACUGGAGAAGAUACCACUGUUACAGCACCAUCUGAUUCAACGACAACGACAACAGCACCAGCAACUGACAAUGAAGAAAGAACAACCAUUACAAUCAACGGUGAAUCUGUCGAUAUAUCUGGCACUGGUAUCGAUGUGGAAUUUUUGGAAGCAUUACCAGAUGAUUUACGGGAAGAAGUGGUUAAUCAACAUAUGCGUGAACGUCGUGAAUCUAUUCAACCUCCUGAAGAUGAUUCGAUUAGCCCUGAAUUUUUGGACGCCUUGCCAUCUGAUAUUCGAGAUGAAGUAUUACGACAAGAAGCUAUUGAACGAGAUCGACGUGAACGACAACGACGCAAUGCCUCCAACAAUAAUACUGGUUCUACAGCUCAAACUACUACGGCUACAGAUCAGCCUUUUAGUCGAAUGUUGAAUCGAUACCGACAAAGUAUAACUAAUUCAUCUCGUAAUCAACAAGCACAACAAAGCAAGAAGCCCAUCGGACGUACAGAUACAGUGCAAUUAGUGGAUCGAACUCAACUGGCAACUCUGGCUCGAUUGUUAUUUGUUCCUCAAUCUAUUUCCAAGAAUCUAUUGAACAAACUCUUGUUGAAUCUAUGUGAAAAUAGCAAGACCCGUGGUGAUCUAUUGUCUUUAUUGAUCUGUAUCCUCCAUGAUGGUAGUGUUGACUUGGCUGCUGUAGACAAGAGUUUUGCUCAAUUAUCUUUAUACCCCAAAACUUCAAGUGUUUCCUCUGCAAUGACAACAACCCCAUCCGCCUCAUCUUCCAAACAACAACGUAGACUUUCAUCAACUUCUGCUGGCACAACAACGACCAUUGGUGAUAAUGUACCAAACUUGAUUACUCAACGAUGUUUGGAAGUACUUCAUUAUGUGGUAUCUUGUAAUGAACAAUCAUUGACUUACUUUUUGACGGAAAACGACUGCUUGGCUGGCCUGAAACGAUCAAGUAGCAAGAAAGGUAAAAACAAGGAUGUUAACAAACCUUCAAGCAAAUAUCCUCUUUUGGUUUUGAUGAGUCUUUUGGAUCGACCUGUAUUUGUUGAUAAUACACAUCUCAUGGAACAACUGAUGAAUCUAUUAGCGACCAUGUGUAGGCCAUUCCCUGCUUUGGUGAAAAAAUACGUUGAAAAGGUUGAGAAUCGACAACAACAAGAACAACAGCAAAAGGAACAAGCCGAUGCGGAAGCAAGUGAAGAACAAGGGAAAAAUGAACAACAACAAUCAAUCACUGAAUCUAGUGGUACUCAACAACAUCAACAUCGACCUGUACCAAAACCUCCAACAAUUCCUGAUCAUUAUUUGCAAAUGGUGGUUCAUGUAUUGACAAGCGGUGAAUGUUCAAGUAGAACUUUCCAGUACACUCUUGGUGUGAUCUCUCAUCUUUCAGCUUUGGAUGGUGCUCUUCAAACAAUCACUCAUGAAUUUACAGAAGCGGCCAGAUUCUCUGGAAAACAAAUUUUGAAUGAUUUACAAGAUCUGCUACGUGCUCUUGAAAAUGCCAUGACUGGAACUGAUAUUCAAACAUCUGCAUUGACACAAUUUUCUGCUGCAUCCUCACAUCAAGCCAAACUUCUCAGGGUGCUCAAGACCAUUGAUUAUAUGUAUUCACGCAAACGACAACCAACAACGAAGACAUUGAAUGCGGAUGAAUCAGAUGAACAAGUUAAGAAUGAAAAUCGAAUGUUGGCUAUCUACGAUCAAUUGAAUUUCUUACCAUUGUGGAAAAUGCUGGGUGAUUGUCUAUCUGUGAUUCAUGAAAAAGAAGAAUUGAUCAAUGUGGCAACGGUGCUUUUACCUUUGAUUGAAUCGUUUAUGGUGGUGUCCAAAUAUGCCGAAAGUAUGACUAAUCAACAACUCCAACAAAAAUCUGAAGCAACUAGUUCGAAUCGUGUUUCCUCUCCUGAAGCUACUAUCCGUAGUGAUGAAUCUGGUGAAACACCUGAUGAUGUGUUUUUCAAAUUUACAGAAGAUCACAAGAAGAUUCUCAAUAUUAUGGUGCGUAACAACCCAACUCUGAUGAGUGGCUCAUUCUCAUUAUUGGUUCGCAAUCCCAAGAUGUUGGAAUUUGACAACAAGCGCAACUACUUUGUACAACAAUUACACAAACGAACAGAACCUCGAAGUCAUUAUCCUCCUUUACAACUGAAUGUACGACGACAAUAUGUGUUUGAAGAUUCGUAUCAUCAGCUACAGGGACGAACAGGGGAAGAAAUCAAGUUUGGCAAAUUGAUGGUGAGAUUCUAUGAUGAAGAAGGUGUGGAUGCUGGCGGUGUGACUCGUGAAUGGUUCUCUGUAUUGGCACGACAAAUGUUUGAUCCCAACUAUGCUCUGUUUAUUGCAUCUGCCGCGGAUAAGUUGACAUACCAACCCAAUCGUGCAUCCUGGGUAAAUUCGGACCAUCUCAGCUUUUUCAAGUUUGUUGGACGUGUGAUUGGCAAAGCGAUUUAUGAUGGAAGGCUACUGGAUGCUUACUUUACACGAUCAUUCUACAAGCAUAUUCUCAAUCGAUCUGUGGACUACCGUGAUGUGGAAGCUGUGGAUCCUGAAUAUUAUAAGAGUUUGGUGUGGAUAUUGGACAACGAUAUUACUGACAUUAUCGACCUUACCUUCAGUAUGGAAAUGGAUGAUUUCGGUACAACCAAGGUGAUUGAUCUCAAGCCAGGUGGACGUGACAUACCAGUGACAGAACAAAACAAACAUGAAUAUGUAAAUCUGGUGACAGCACAAAAACUGACGAUUGCAAUCAAAGAUCAAAUCAACGCAUUCUUGCAAGGUUUCCAUGACAUCAUUCCUGCAUCACUGAUCCAAAUCUUCAAUGAACAAGAAUUAGAAUUACUGAUCUCUGGUCUGCCUGAUAUUGAUCUGGAUGAUUGGAAGAACAAUACCGAAUAUGUAACUUAUCAUAGUACAUCUCCUCAAAUUCAAUGGUUCUGGCGUGCCGUACGAAGCUUUGAUCAAGAAGAACGAGCCAAGUUAUUACAAUUUGCUACAGGAACAUCCAAAGUCCCAUUGGAAGGAUUUGCUCAUUUACAAGGUUCUGGUGGUGUACAAAAGUUCCAGAUUCACAAGGAUUAUGGUGGUGAUAGUAGAUUGCCUUCUGCUCAUACAUGUUUCAAUCAAGUGGAUUUGCCAGAAUAUGAUUCU